AUGGCUAUCUACAGCGCCGUUCCCCCGCCGCCCGCGUUGCAGUCGCAUUCCACCGCCCAAUCCCAGAAUGCCUCGCAACAGCAGCAGCCGCCCGCGGCCUCUGGCCCACUCGACAUCGAGGCGUGGACCAUCUCGGCCCUCGAGGCCCUGAGCGUGUCACCGACCGCCACCGGCACGACCGGGAGGCCACUCGGCAUCCCCCUCGACGAGCACGCCAAUCCCGGCGCCAAUGCCCAGCCGACCACCGCACGGGUGACCAUCGCAACCGCCGACGGCACCCAUCCCACAACAGACGGCAUCACCCCGCCGCGCCGGCCCCCGUCCCGCCGAGACUCCCUCCGCCGCAGGGAGCUCCUGCUCAAGGGCAAGGAGGGCUCCCGCCAGCGCCGACGCUACGACAUGAAGCGCCUGACCGACGUGCCCAACGUCGAGCCCCCGGAGCCCAGGGACUGGGAGCCCCGGCCCGUGUACCCGAUCCACCACGUGCCCUACCACGUCGCGGGGUUCUGGGACCGCGGGCUCAGCCAGCAGGCCGAGGCGCGCAGCAACAAGAAGAACACGGCGGGCGCGGGCGCGGGCGCGGGGAGGGUGCCCCGCGAGCUGCGCGACACGGUCAAGCGCACCCCCGGCGUCAAGGGCUGGCUGCGCGCGCUCGAGGAGCCGGUGCGCAAGUUCCUCGUGGAGAGGCACCGCGCCGCGGGGGAGGCGCCCGUGGCCGAGGACGAGUCGGACGAGUCGGACGACGAGGUCGUAUUUGUCGGGCGCAAGAAGACGGGCGCCGCCGUGGCGGGCCAGCGUGACGGCUCCUGGAAGACCGCCCACCGCGAGGUGCGCGACGGGCCGGCCGUCGACCGCGGUAUGGUGUUUGACUCAUCGCCCGAGGACGACGACGCGAGCGGCGCCUUCAAGAGGUGGCUUACGCAUUCCAUCUCCGAUUACUACGGGCUUGUCUCGAGGUCCGUCACCGUGGGCAGCCCGGCGCGGAGGUGUGUCUAUGUUGGCGUGCGGGAUGUCGACCUGAAGAUACGCACUGCGCUGCCCCGUCCGCUCUGGGAGCUUUUCUAA